AUGACGCGAUUCUACGGCUACGAGGUGUCCACCGAGGGUGACGCGUUCCUGGUGGCCUUCCAUGAGCCCUUUGACGCGGCCGCGUGGUGCCUGGCAGUGCAAAUAGCACUCCACUACGCGCCCUGGCCGGAGCGCCUGCUGCUCCACAAGAACAGCAGCGUCGAGACCGCCGCCUCCCUCCUGCAGAAGCGCUCCGCGCGGCGCCAGCGCUGGCAGGAGAAGCUCGCGGACUCGGGGCAGGCCGCGGCGGCUACGGCGGCCGCCGUGGCGGCGGGCGGCGGCGGCGCCGGCGGCGUGCCCGCGGCGCGCGACCAGGCCGGUGCGCCGGGUCCGCUGGGGCCGCGAGAGCAUGCGGCGGCGGUGCGAGAGCUGGAGGGGUCGAUCGGAAGUUUGACGGACAGCGGGCCGCUGCUGGCGGCGGCGGGGGAGCACGAGGGGGACUCGGGCGGCGCAGACGGCGGCGCCGGUGCUGAGGACGGAUUGGGACCGCUGCAAGGGGGCGGGCGCUGGUCUCAGCCGUUUGAGCCGCACUCGCCCAGCAAGGUGCCCCUGGGCGCGCUGUUCCGCGGCCUGCGCGUGCGCAUGUCCCUCGCCACCGGCCGCGCGGAGGACGUGCGCCUGCACACUGUGACUCAGCGCCACGAGUACGGCGGCUCGGUGCUGCGGCGCGUGCAGGCCGUCGCGGAGACGCCGCACGGGGGGCAGGUCAUCAUGGACCCCGACACCUUCCAAGGCAUCCACGCGCGGCUGCCAGAGCUCGGGGGUGCAGUGCUGGACGCCACCCAAAAGUUUUGUGAGCGCCUGUGA